UAAAACCGAAGAAGAAGUGAGGUUUCUUCCGGUUUCACUCUGUGACGUAUCUUCCUUUCUGUCCGUGCUAACCUCGGAGUGAACACGCGCCCGCCCGUCUAACUCAAGAUGCGUUACGUUGCUGCUUACCUGCUCGCUGCCCUUGGUGGCAAUGAAAGCCCCGCAGCCAGCGACCUCAAGAAGAUCCUGGACAGCGUAGGCAUUGAGGCUGAUGACACACGCAUGGAGAAGGUCAUCUCUGAGCUCAAAGGCAAGAAUGUGGAUGAGGUGAUCGCCACAGGUUACAGCAAGCUGGCCAGCGUACCAGCAGGCGGUGCCGUAGCCGUUGCCAGCUCUGCGGCUGGUGGCGCUGGCGGAGCUGCAGCCCCUGCUGCAGCUGAGGAGAAGAAGGAAGAGAAGAAAGAAGAGUCUGAGGAGUCCGAUGACGACAUGGGAUUCGGCCUGUUCGACUAAACUUCCCCAAUUGAUGAAUAAAGUUUAUAAAAAAAAAUGUC